CCAUGUCCUCAUCAGAAAAGUCGGACCUGUCAUCAGAAGAGGAGCUUGUGCAGAAGCUUGCUGAGCUGAGGCUUGUGUCUGCACGGCUGGAUGUGGGGCCAGAAGAGCGGCAGGACUGGACACAGAAGGCCCAGCAGCGUGUGAGUCAGUACUUACAGGACCUGCCCAACAGCAAGGUGCUGGGAGAUGGGGAUCAACAGGAGAUAGAGGAGGCUGUAAAAGCUGUGUUACCCAUCACUGAGGAACCUGUCAGUUUUGACACGGCCCUGGAGAGUUUCUGCAGCUCUGUGGGGGAUCACAUGCUGAUGCGGGAGGGACACCCGAACUACUUUGCCUACGUGCCGGGAAACAGUUUGUAUCCCUCCGCCAUCGGAGACUUCCUGGCAGCAGCGUUCAACCCCUACGCAUUGGUGAGCUAUGCCUGUCCUGCCGCCGUCCAGAUGCAACAUUCCCUGAUCCGCUGGGUCGCGGGGCUCUUUGGCUACCCAGAAUCCUGUGCAGGAAACCUCACGUCGGGCGGAACAGUCGGCAAUCUCAUCGCCAUAGCAACGGCAAGAGACGCGAAGAAACUAAAGGCGAAAGAUUACCACAGGUGUGUUGUGUACCUGAGUGAGCUGACACAUGAUGGGAUAGGAAAGGUUCUCCACACGAUCGGGAUGGGAGAAGCUGUCCUGCGGAAAAUCCCCGUCACCGAGCGGUUCGGGAUGGACGCCGAGAAACUCGACGAAGCCAUAGAGAAAGACACAAAGGAAGGGUUGAUCCCGUUUGCCAUCGCUGCAACCACAGGCACGACAGACGUGGGCUCGGUGGACCCGAUCGCUGAGCUUGCAGAUGUGGCAGAGAAACACGGCGUCUGGCUGCACGUUGAUGCCUGCUACGGCGGGUUCUUCGUCCUGUGUGACUCCGUCAAACACCUGUUCAAAGGUGUGGAGAGGGCCGAUUCUUUCACCUGCGACCCUCACAAAGGUCUGUUUGUGCCAUUUGGAGCGGGGCUGGUUCUGGUGCGAAACUGGAAGCAGCUGCUGACCUCCAACAGACGGACCCCAGUCAGCACGCUGCAGGACAGACCAACCUUCGCUCGGCAACUCAACCCCGAGGACCUCACCUUCGAGCAGAGCACGCACUUCCGUGCUGUAAGAGUGUGGCUGCCGCUACAGGUGUUUGGUGUGGGAACGUUCCGGGCAGCGUUACAGGAAAAACUGUACCUGAGUCAGUACCUGUACCACAAACUCAAAGCUGUCCCUGGGCUGUUUGUCCUUGAGCCGCAGCUGUCCAUCGUGCUGUUCCGUUACGAGGGCGUCCCGGAGCAGCAGCAGCAGCAGGGCUGUCCGGCCGCGGAGGUUAACCUGCGGCUGCUGGCGCACGUGUGCCGGGACGGCCGGCUGUUCCUGGCCUCCACCACAGUGCUGGGGCAGACGUACCUGCGAGCGUGCGUGCUCGCAUUCAGGACUCACCGCGAACACGUGGACUCGCUCGUCGCCGCAGUAACGGACGGGCUGAAACAGUUACUAGGGUAACAGUUACUAGGGUAACAGUUGCUAGGGUAACGGUUGCUGGGGUAACGGUUCCCAGGGCAGUCCUAUAAGGGCAGUAAUUGGGGUGAUCAGGGAAAGGAGUUAUCAAUUUUUGUAUAAAUAGUUAGAAAGAAAUCGCCUGUUGUGUCCAGAACCAGGCCAGGCACGGUUCUGGAUGUCCAGGAACAGUUCUGGAUGUCCAGGCACAGUUCUGGAUGUCCAGGAACGGUUCUGGAUG